AUGCGUCUGAAUCUUUUCCUGUGGGCGACGGUUCUGGGCGCCGUUGACGCCAAUUCGUCUUCUCAGCGUCGAUACCGAAGAGAUGGCAAUCAGACUGAGACUCUCUCAGAGACAAAGAAGUUCAUCGUCGAAGCUGAGGCAGGUGUCGACCUUGCGGAGUUGCAUCAGAAAGUUGAGGCAACCGGUGCGAAGGUUCUCAAGUCUUUCAACAGCGAGAUCUUCUCCGGAUUCAGCGUCGAGACAGGGAGUGAUAACCUGGACUCCCUGCAGAGCGUCAGUGAAGUGGCUCAAGCCUGGCCGGUGAAAACCUACAAGCUUGCGCCUCUCAUACCCCAAGCUUCGUUCAGCGAUGACGCGACGGCGCAGAAUUGGUCUGUACACUUCUCGACCGGGGUCGAUAAACUUCACGAGGCCGGGAUUAUGGGCAAGGGAGCCAAAGUCGCUGUGAUUGACUCCGGAGUGGACUAUCGUCAUCCAGCGCUUGGUGGCGGGUUCGGUCCGGGGUUCAAAGUCUCUGGGGGUUAUGACCUCGUCGGUGAGGAAUACGACGAGUCCAACGAGAAAGUCCCUGACGAAGAUCCUCUCGACGCUCUUGGUCACGGAACCCAUGUAGCAGGAAUCGUUGCUGGCAAAAGUGAAUUCUAUGCUGGCGUUGCACCAGAAGCUGAGAUUCUUGCAUUCAAAGUCUUUGGCGCUUUCGAAGGCACGGACGAAGACACCCUUGUUGACGCAACAAUCAUGGCAUACGAGUCUGGUGCAGACAUCAUCACCGCAAGUAUCGGCCGUGCAUCUGGAUUCUCGGACGGUCCUUGGGCAACUGUGGCCUCGAGAAUCGUCGAACAAGGUGUCGUAGUCACCAUCGCGGCCGGCAACGACGGCGAUGAAGGACCCUUCUACGCAAGCAGUGGUUCCUCUGGGAAGGAGGUGCUGGCCGUAGCAUCCGUUGACACGAGUCGAGUUCCCGCAAAACCAUGGCACGCAACCUUCACUCUCGACGGCGUAUCCAACACGACACAGCUCGCAUACAUCCCGCCUGUCAACAGACCGCUUUGGAACAUCACGGGCCUUCCCAUCCUUCCGCUAUCCUUCGACACCAGCAUCAGAGCUGAGGCAUGCAGCCCCUUGCCAGACACAACACCAGAUCUUUCGAAUGUCAUCGUGUUAAUUCGACGUGGUACCUGCACGCCUUACGUCAAGCAGGCCAACGUGGAAAAGUUCGGGGCUAGAUAUGUGCUGUUCUACAACGACGACUACAGACCCUUCGAGCUUGUGGGUAAUUCUGCGUAUGCCUCUCAGAUGGCUCUGAUCGACGCGAAGGCGGGUGUUGCAAUCAUCGAAACCGUCAAGGCUGGAGGCAAUGUCACUGCGGACUUCACCAACCCUUCUGAUCCCGAUUGGGCUGUCGGAUUCUUCGACGCUGCCGGCGGAAUUCCUUCGCAGUAUUCUAGUUGGGGCGGAACUUAUGAGCUUGAGAUCAAGCCAGACAUCGCCGCGCCGGGUGCCAGUAUCUACAGCACCUAUCUUGACAAGACUUGGAAGGUCCUCAGCGGGACAUCCAUGGCUACUCCUUACGUUGCCGGUGUAGCCGCUCUGUAUAUAGGUAAGCAUGGUGGUCGCUCAACUCACGGCAAAGGUUUUGCCAAGGAACUCUCGAGACGCAUUAUCUCCAGCGGCGAGUCGCUUCCAUGGCAGGUUGCUGAGCCCCAAGCACUCCCAACCGAUUUCGGUUUCUCGGCCCCAGUGACGCAAGUGGGAAACGGUCUCAUCAAUGCCACGAAGUUGUUGGAGUCCAAAACAUGGUUAUCGUUUGAGAAGAUUGCGCUCAACGACACCGCCUCCUUCAAUGGCUACCAUGCAGUUGACAUUACCAACACUGGCGCCGAGCCCGUUACUUACAACUUCACCUUGGAGCCUUCGGGAGGCUUUAACGCCCAGGGACGUACACCCGAGCUUUUGGCCGACGUGCUGGACGUGAAGCCAAUUAGCCUUGUACCUGGUAUCAGCUUCCCUUCUGGGGCUUUGACGAUAAGCCCUGGCGAGACCAAGACAGCUGAACUCAUCUUUUCGUACCCCAAGGUCGAUGAUGAAUCGAAGUUGCCUAUAUACAGUGGCAGGGUUGUCGUCAAAGGCAGCAACGGAGAAACGCUGUCGGUUCCAUACUUGGGCGCGGCUUUCGACUUGAAAGACCAAAUGCAGGACAAGAUGUUCCCCGAGGGCUUCCCAAUUCAGCGGUCAGGGCCAAAUGGACAGAACAUUAACACUUACCACACAUACGGGUUCAACACCACUCGAGCUGCUCAAGACUUUCCCAAAGUUCAAGUCCAGUUCAAAUGGGGAACCAAAGAGUUGCGCUGGGAUAUCUUCGAUGCUGGCUACACAGAGGCCGGUUGGAAGUAUCCUCCUGUGGUGGGACAAGACGGCUACGUCGGCGCAGCUACUUACUCGACGUAUUCUGUCAGCUCAAGCACCUUUGAUCCUGCUACUAUGGACAAGGAGAAGGUUCUACCAUUCCCGAUAAGACUUAUUGAGCGUACCACCUCUUGGAGUGAGUUGACCGAUCGCUUCUGGUGGAUGGGAAAACUGGCGAACGGAAGCUACAUUGCUCCCGGAAACUAUACGAUGCGUUUCGCUGCCCUCAAUCCGUUCGGUAAUGUUUCGCGUUCCGAGGACUGGGAUAUCUGGCAAACGCCUGAGAUUUCGAUCCUCCCAUACACCCCUUGA